AUGUUUCCUUUAGAGAGUCGACUGAGUAGUCUUAUUUGGUUCUCUCUGAGCGCCUUUCUCCUCUCCUUACUACUCAUAAACUCACCGGAAGGUCGACUUCCCUUGAUUUUAGUUGACCAUCCAGACAACAUCACAGAUGUGUUGAUAUUAGGCGGGAGCCAUGCAGGCCUAUCCGGAGCUCUUACCCUCGCACGGCACCAACAUGAUAUCAUUGUGUUUGAUGAUUCGAAGCCACGGAAUUGGUGGAACACGCCAAUGCAUGUGUUGCCAACAUGGGAACACCGAUCGCCAAGCGACUUACGAAGAACAAGUCGAAGAGAACUGCAGUCUACCGGGCUGGUAACAUUCGUAGAGGAAAAGAUAGUUAAGGUAGAGAAGGAACACGAUUCUUUGUUCCAUGCGACAGGCUCAAGCGGCAAGAAGUGGUCUGGAAAGAAGUUACUCGUGGCUAUUGGAAACGAAUUCGACUAUCCUGAUAUCCCUGGGUACAAAGACAAUUUUCCUGACAAAAUACUUCAUUGUUUAUUUACGAGAGGCUUUGAAUUUCGAGGUAGCGCUUCUGCUGGAGUCAUCGCGGCAGACCUUGCAAGCUCACCGCCGCAUGCCGCCAUCCUUGUUGAAGAUGCUAGCAAGUUCGCCGAGAACGUGACUCUCUACACAAAUGGAGAUCAUGAACUUGCAAAGGCUAUAUCGACUAUUUUGGUACAGAAAGGCGAGUCUCAUAUUUCCAUCGAUCCGCGAAAGAUUAUCAGGCUCGCAAAAAACACAACAAGCAAUGGUAUUACGCUGUCAUUCAGCGAUGGCAAUGACCGUACCGAGAGUUUUCUUGUCCAUCAGCCAGCUACUAAGAUGGCCGAAGGCAUUGUGGGUGAGCUAGGUCUAGAGACGAACGCUCGAGGGGAUAUUGUUACGAAGAUGCCGUUCUACCAGACCAAUGUCCCCGGGGUUUUCGCAGCAGGAGAUUCAGCCAAUCCUUUUAAGAACAUACCAAGUGCAAUUUUUCAAGGAGCAAACGCAGGCGCUGGAAUUGCAAGAGAACUUCCCAGGCGAUUUACAAGACAUUCAACAAAUAGACUCCAAAGUGGUGGCUUAACUACCUGGUUCACCAAUUGGAUUCGUGCUUAG